CGAAUUACUUAAAAAGUCUUCCCCUUUUCCAUGAUCACCUCACUCAACGACCUCUAUUUUAUCACCAGUUCAGUACAAUAAAGCAAACCAUCACCAUAUCGCAACAAUGUCGGGUCUAAGCGACCGGAUGUUACACCUAGACAUGGCUCUGACCCAGAAUGGGACACCAGCCACGCCUCAUCUCCGUCAAGCGCGGAUCAAACGAAAAAACAGCCCUACAGACAUCAGCCAUUUAGUCUUCGGUCCGCAACCUGGGAAGAAGCACCAAUUGUGGAUCACAGAUCGUAUCAUGGAGCCUCAAACAAUUCCUCACUUCUUUGAAUUUCUCAUGACUGGAGAACUUCCUGGCGACCGAAAAACGUCUCGUCCUUUGCUUACUGUCGAGGAGGUCAAGAACUUGACUAGACCAGCUUCGGAAUGGGCGCCUGCUCCACUUAAUCGACAGGCGAGAUCGACUGGGGAAUGGAUAGGUAUUCGGAUUGGUUCGUACGAAGACAGUUCUAGACUCUGGCCAAUUGCCAAAGAACUUCAUGCUAUGAAGUCGAGGCUUUGGGAAGGGGUGCCACCGAUAUCUGAGAGACGAUGGCAAGAGUUGGGGCUUGAUCAUCCGGACAGAUUCCCCGAAGCCUGUAGUUACUUUGUUGCGGUCAUCAAUGUCUUUAUCUACCUGAACACAAAGCGCACCAAGGCGGCUUUGCGAAAGACUUAUAACUUGAUAUGGGACCAUCUCAAGGUGUUUGAGCAGGCGAUCAAUGCAAAGAGGAAAGCGGAAGCGGAGGACGGCGUGUAUGAAUAUGUAUCAGUCACUGGUCUCUGGUAUGAGUUCAUCAGAGCCCAAUACGACUCCAUCUGUGAGAAUGCGCACCACUGGAUCAUCCAGCACAUUGAUUGCAUACGAGAGUCAAUUGUGCAAGAGCUCGCGCUGCAUCAACCCGAUCACCCGGAUCAUUACAGCGAUAAACAAUGGGAACUGACAAACAAGCUCCACGACCUUGCCGAAAACACCUCUCAGGCUGAUUACACCAUAAUGAUGCCCACGGAUGGAUACAAAGGCGAUAGUCUUCCGGUGAAAGAGGACGAUCGACUCACAGAAGCCCAUGGAGGUGGCUUUCGCACAGAAACGAUCAGCUGGUCUGCGAAUCUAGCAUGGCGAGCGUCUGACUACACCAAACGUGUCAGAUAUCUCGACCGGAAGGAGAUGUACAGUCAUUUCGAGCGUGAGGACUUUAGACAGCUUCGAAGCUCCGUUGGCGUCACUGACCCAGCGUGUAUGGUUAUCUCGGCCAUUAGUCAGAUUGACGCACAGGCUAUGGCUAGGGAAGAACUACGAGGUCUUCCAAACCAUCCAGACUUUGUGCCAUGGAUUGAGUAUGCUCGACGAAAAUCGAACAAACGUUUGGGCUUUGUGGCGUAUAGACUCUGUCAUGGAUAUAGUCCUGAGAAGUGGGAUUUAUUUAAGGCGAAGUUUGAGGCUGAUAUUUCUGACUGGGGGCGAGGGACGGUUGGCAUCAACGAUAUACGCAAGGCGUGCAAGAUCCACUGGAGUGAUGGUCAAGAGAAGGACAUUGCAGAUGAUGAUAUCGAAGCUGCCAAGAAGCAUUUCGAAACCAUUUCAGAUCAGUCGGUGCAUGACAGGGUAUUCCUCGUCAUUGACGAAGCAACCAUGAAAUCAUAUCUUGAACCAGAGCCUGGCAAAGACAAAUUCGUCGUCGCCGUUGACGCGAAGUACAAUCCAACAGAUGAAGAGAACGUCGAGUCACCAGGCUACAAAGGAACUUUGCGCAUACUGGGGAGUCUUCUUUGGGAUGAACUCGGCGCUCUGUUGAUCAUGCAAAGCGCGUUUCUUGAGAAUCUCUGGCCGAUGGCGAUGCAUGAUGCUGAGGGUGUCUAUCGCGGCAUCAGGGUUACAUCAGUGCUCAAGUUCUCAAGCUAUCAAGAGAAUUUGAAUUGGAGGCUUGCGAGUGAGAUUGUUCCCAAGUUGGUAGCUUUUAGAAGGAGACUUGAGUUCAGACAGAGGAGGUAGAAUGGUGGAAUUAGAUAACGAAUGGUGAAGGAGAUGUCGCUCCUCUAGCAACUAAGCCCUGCCAGCCUUUUUGGCAUCCAUCCGAGCUUUGAUGAUCUUCUUCUUCCAACCAAAACACUGAUUGCACGCUACGCCUUCCGGUCAAAAUACAUUUUUCCGCGGGAAAUGGCCGUGACUUACUAGCGCUGUCAUGUUUCUUGC